CAAUGUAGCCAAGCCCUAAAGGCAGCUUAGGCAAAUUGCUGAACUUGCAACACCAGAAUAUCAGGUAAUAAACACAGGGUGUACGCUGUUUGGGAAGUACGCUGUCAGGUGUCAACAUUAUCUUACACAUUACUAACUUUAUUUGUCAAAUGGAUUACUAAUGAACUCAAGGUUUACGUGUUUGUUUUUACGUUUUAAUUCAUCUUAAGCCAAAAAAUCUCAAAAUGAACAUGUUACACUCCAUCAUUUUUGGAUAUGUCUUCACUGCUGCUAUUAUAAUGGGGCACUGUGAGUUACAAGCCAUUUCAACCUCUUCAUCCCAGACUGGUGAGAGCCUGCCUGACAAUUUUAUAAGGUUUGACUUAGCCCCUGACAAAGUUGUACAUGGCUCAGUGGUCCGUGUGCGGUACCAAUGCUCCAGGCCAUGUCAGCUUGCAGUGGAGGUGGUGGUGUCCACAUUAAGGAAGACAGAUUUAGUGGUCUUCAGGAGGAAAUGGAUCAGCAGCACAGCCCGAGUCUACAGGAUCUGCCAGGUGCAGCUCAGAUUGCCUCCAUCCAUUUUAUAUCAACAAGACUUUUUCAACAGGCACAUUUUGGAUGUCCAGAAUGUGACAGUUCGUGCUUGGUUAGACCAUCUUAAUAAUGGCAGUGAACCCGGAACAUACCAUGGCUCCAUGUUGAGGAUUUAUAAAGUGCUGCAAAUAAAGCCACUCUCAGAGCGUCCAACUAAACCUCCUACUGAGUGCCCUUCAUGGUCUGCUCAACUGAUGUGGCAGAUGACGAGAAACAGGACUUAUCAUUGCCCACACAAGUCAGACAUUGUUGAUAUGCUAAAGUUCCCCCUGGCAAGUACUGGUGAGCACUUUGGAGUGGUCCGCAGGUUCCAGCCUUUCAUCGACAGAGCCCUGGAGAGAGCUCGUCUUCAUGCUGUGACACAGCCCAGCGUCACCUUAUCUGUGUGGAUCUACCUACUGAAAUGGUGUCACAAGAAGCUCUGUGGGAUCAUCCAUCAUGUCAAUAGGAAAAAUUUAUACGACUCCAUUCUGAUGCAGCUAACAGACACAGGGGACGUCAUAAUUCAGGCACGUGUGACAAAAGGAGAAGAUGAAGCUUUCCAAGCCAGUGCGGUGUUGCCCCUGUGGAAAUGGAUUAGAUUGGACUGUUACAUACAGGACUCAAAGAACAGCUGUAAGAUCCUGAAAGAUGGUUCCUUUCCAGCUGGGAAACUCCAGGCGAUUGCAGUGCAGCUAGAUGCAACAUGGGAUGAUGAAACCCACAGAUAUGUAUAUGAAUUUCAGGACAGUAUCCAUUAUGAUGACACUGAUGGAUACUUUGUGAUCGGAGGAGGCAAGUACAUGGCAGGCAUCCAUGGGUAUUUUGGGCCUAUCAAAUACUAUCGUUUUGGAACUGAAAAGGUAAAAAAUCAGCUUCACCCCAAGUCAACUUUACAGAAACUGGAUAAGACUCAUCAGGUGUGCCAGGAAAUAAAAGCAUUUACAAGAGCUUUUCUCCAAGAAGUAACUGAGAGUCACCUCCCAUCACCACACAACAAAGGUGUCUGUACCCCUCACUUCAUAAAUCUGUGGGGUCAGUUUGGAGAGAAAAUCUGCAUACAAACAUGGACCUGGGAAAAGCAACUUGAAUACAGCACGCUUUUCCAUUUCUUGCAAAGAAAAGAGGAGGAAAUCAGAACAGGAUCUUUUGGCAUGAAGGACCUAAGGAGUACUUUGUUUGAGCAGGCAGUUGGUGCAAUGUUUACCAUGGAUCAGGCACAAAAAAAAAUCACAUCCAAAUCAAUGGCUCUACUACAAGUAUCCUCCUGCUUUGGAAAUCACAAAGCGUCUCUCUUAUUGGCCACUAUCCACAUCUCUGGCCUGGAACACUCAGUGGAUCAACAACAGGGUCAUGUCUAUAGUUUGAUCGGCGCAGCAGGUGAUAGCCGUUUCGCCCUGAUGCAUGCAGGGUACAAGCACACACAAGAAAUUGAUGGGUUUCCAAAAGACUUGGACAUUGCUUACAGCUACUAUUCCAAUGCUGGGGCACAGAGCAACAUUGAUAGUUCCAGGGUACAUGAAAAUAAGCAAUACACACCUGAACAUAUCUAUCUAAGCAAUCAAGAGGAUUUAAACAGCUUCACACACAAGACAAGUGACGUCUUUCAGUAUCUGAAACUCCAAGCAAAGAGAGGAGACGUAGAAUCUCAGAAACGCCUGGGAACAAUGCUUUACUGGGGACAUCAUGGAGUCUCAAAAGACACAGCGAGUGCUGUGAAAUGGUUUGAAAGAAGUGCUAUGCAGAUGAAGGAUCCUUCAGCGAUGUACGACUACUCCAUCCUACUGAUGAAGGGCCAAGGAAUGAAAAGAAACUACACCAGAGGUUUUCAGCUGCUGGAGAAAGCUGCAGCAAUGGGCUCAAUUAACGCCUUGAAUGGUCUGGGCUGGUACCAUGGGAUUAUACUGAACAACCACAAAAAUGCAGUAAAAUACUUUGAACAAGCAGCGCUAAAUGGGAGUGAUGAUGGCAUGUUCAACCUGGGAGUUUAUCAUCUCAGUGGGAAAAACCCGUACAGCCCGUGGAGGAAUGAGUCGGCUGCAUUCCAGCUGUUUCUGAAUGCGUCUCGGUUUGGUCAUGUAGCUGCAUCAGUGGAGGCAGCUUGGUACCUUUCGACAGGAAGCCUGGAAGGGGUGUCUCAGGAUGUGGAGAGGGCUGUGAUAAUGCUAAAAAAGGUCUGUGAACAGAACGGACACCUUGGAUUUAUGAUCAGAGAGGCUCUCCAGGCCUACCUCCAGGGCUCUUGGCAGGAGGCAUUUGUGAAGUAUGUUUUGGCAGCUGAAACCGGUCUGGGUUUGGCCCAGAGCAAUGUUGCGCACCUGUGUGAGGAACUGAAUCUCAGUCAUGAUUGUCAGUGGAGAUAUCACAGCUACUCUAUAUUAAACUAUGAUCCCCAUCCGUCCGCUCUGCUGAAAAUGGGAGACCACUACUACUUCUCCUCCAGCACACGAGAGGACUCAUUAUCCUUGGUUGGUCAGGCCAUAUCAAUGUAUGGCAGAGCAGCUCUAGCAGGCAGCCCUCAGGGAAUGUACAACUUGGUCGUUUUGGCACAACAAGGGCACGUUCUUCCAUCGAACAUCUACGGCUUGUUUAAUGUGUCGCAUCAUGAUGAGCAGGACAUUGUGGCGGAGAAGAUCUUAAAAAGAUGUGUGGCGGCUGAGGAUGAAGAAGCAGUAACGCCCUGUUCUUUAGCUCUGCUCGGUGUCCAGAUGGGAAAAGCCAUGAGGAGAAUGACUCAGAAUGGUGCACAGCUUCUCUUGGCAUAUGCAUCUCUUCUUUCUGUCUGUGUCAUUAUUGUCAUUGUGCCAUUGCAGAGCUGGCUUGAACAAAGGGUUCCCCGUCACCGUGUGGUUGCACUGAGGGUAAGGACAUCAUCUGUCAACCAAGAUGGUGUCAGCUUGAAUAGAGAGCAAGAUGGCAUCAUGGGAGGAACCUACAGUGCGGCAGGGAAUCUAAGGCUUACCAUCCUGAAUGACAAGCAGUGGCUCCGGCAGACCGGCGAUUUGGCUGUGACUCUGUCGGGCGUGUGCCUGUGUGCUUUCUGGACCACACUCCUCUAUCAUCUCUUAUGACAUAAAAUGCCCAGCACAGUGACCCAAUAGCCACAGCAAAAGCCCCAGACACUACAUAUUGUAAGAGCAUACAUUUAGCGGAUGAGUUACAGCACUACUCAUGUGACACAUUUGUGUUUCGGAGGCAUGUGACUUAUUUUAGGUUAUUAGACAGGAAGGAGAUAAGUGCUGUGAUCAGAAUGUGAGUGUGCUGCUUUACCAGUGUUGAUAAUGUUUCCUCAGUAACAAUUUUUUCCAUUUCCAUUUUGUUUGCGGAAAAUAAAGUAUUUAUCAUGCAGGUAACUUAA